AUGGAAGCAUUACAAUAUAAAUUAAGUCAAACAAUCGCUGCACACAAUGGUAUUGUGAGAUCAAUCUCAACUUAAGGAAAUGAAUUAUUAACAUGUAAUGACAUAUUAAAUUAUCCUAAUCAUAGGCUCAAGUGAUAAAACUGCUAAGUUGUAUGAAAUGAAAGAUAAUUAGUACCAAUAAGUGACUUUGAUAUCAUUCUUUGAGAAAUACAUAUAUGCCACUUGUGCAAGGGUAAAUGGAGGAUAUGCAGUUGGACAUGAUAACCAAAUCUAUUUAUUAGACAAUGAAGGAAAUCCAUUAGGUAUUUUAGAAGGACAUGAUUAAUAAGUAUGUUCUUUAAAAAGCAUUUCAGAAAAUGUACAUUCAAUCAUCAUAAACUGUAGUUAUUAAUCUCAGGAUCAUGGGAUGCUACUGCUAUUAUAUGGGAUAUUAGUUAAAUGAAAUAAAUCUAUAGAUUGAAUGGACAUAAAUAUGGUGUGGCAGUAUAUGGAGAUGAAAAUUUAAAUUUUAUUACUGGAUCCUAAGAUGGUAUUUUACAUUCUUGGUCAAAGGAAACUAAAAUUAAGAGUGUAUAGGCUCAUAAGGAUAUCAUUAGAGAAAUAUUACUAUCACCCUUGGGAGGCUAUAUAACUUGCUCUAAUGAUGAAACCAUUAAACUCUGGUCAAAAGAUUUAGAAUUGAUUCAAACCUUUUUAGGACACAAGAGUUUUGUAUUUACUAUGAAAAUUCACAUGGAUCAAGUGAUUAGUGGAGGUGAUGAUAGAUUAGUAAUAAUCUGGAAUUUAGAUGGCACUCCAUAAUAAACCAUUUAAUUACCAGAUACAGUGUGGACUGUAGCUAUAAAUAAUUUUAAUGAUAUAAUAAUUGGAACAAGUGAUGGAAAGGUCAGAGUAUUUACCACUGAUAAAAAUAGAUUUGCUACCUAGGCUGAAAUAGAAGGGUUAGAAUAGGAAGCCUCUUUAUCGAAUGCUAAAUAAGAAGGAGGAAUGUCUGAAGAAGAAGUAUAGAAAUUACCAGGAAUUGAUAAAUUGAAUACUAUGAUAGGAAAGAAAGAAGGGGAAAUAAGAUUAUUUAGAAAUGGAAAUAAACCUGAAGCAUAUAUGUGGAGUGCUGCUUCAAGUAAUUGGUAAUUGAUUGGAGAUGUGAUUGGUGGUAAAGGGGCAAACUCAAAGAAGUUCUUUCCUGGAGAUAAAUACUUUGAAGCUGGAGAGUAUGAUCAUGUCUUUGAUGUUGAAGAUGAUCAUGGAAUUACAAAGCUCUUACCAUAUAAUGAAGGGGAAAGCUUUUAUGAUUCUGCUGAGAAAUUUUGUUUAAGAGAGGGUUACUCUAAACAUUACCUUUAAUAAAUUGUAAAUUUCUUAAAAAAGAAUACAUCUUUUGGGUAAUCUUAAAGAUAAAAGAAAUCAGAGUUAGAAACUAUGAAAGAAUAAUAUGCUUAAUAAUAAAUAUUACAAUAAUAAUAGGCUAAAUAGUAGAUAGACUUUUAAUAUAUUCCUUAUACAUAAUGCACUUAUUAUGAAAAUAUGAAUUUACAAGGUUUGAGUAAGAAAUUAUUUGAAUUCAAUGCCCAAAUGUCAGAAGAACUUAAAUUAACAGAGAAGGAAACUUUAAUUUUUAAUAAAGGAAUUGAAAGUUUAGGACAAGUGUAAGUUUAAAAAACUGUUAAUAUUGAAAAUUCUGUUAGCAUUAUCUUUAUUUAGAAAUUGUUAAAAUGGGAUGCCCAAUAUUUAUUGCCAGUUUAUGAUUUCUUUAGAUUAUUUUGUCUUCACCAUAGUAGUGAAUAAUUAUUUGCUGGUCUAGAAAAAGGAAUGAAUUUAUUUUUGAAUAUUUUCACUAUAGUCAAUACUCAACCUAUAAAUGCUGUUCUUGUAAGAUUAGCCUUGUAAACAUUAUGUAAUUGCUUAAAACAUAAUACAAACUCUUGUGCAAUCCUAUAUCAUUUAAGAAUAGUUAAAGAUAUCAUUUUGAGUCUCCUAGAUACAGAUGAAAAAGUAAAACAUUUUAUAUCAUAUAGACUGUUCUAUUACUUAGUAAUCUUAUUCUAAAUUUAUCAAUUGGUAUUUAUUAGCGAAAUGGAUUGAAUGACUAAGCUAGUGAGUUGUUAUCAGAGGCUAUUAUCACUUUUCUUUAAUAUAAAUAAAGAGAUGUAGAAACAAUAGCUAAAUUAGUUACUGCAAUAGGAAAUUUAAUGAAAUCUCCUGCUAAAUAAAUUAGAGAAUAGUGUAAAAAAAUAACAUUUGAGUUUAUUUAAUCAUUGGUCAUCGAUACAAAUAAUCAAGACACGCUUAAAUGUUUAGAAGAGGUUAAAUUGAGUAUGUUAAUUUGA